UCAAUAUUAAAAAAAACGAUCUUAAAAAAAUAAAAAUAAAAAAAUGCCGUCAAGAAAGGCGCACCAGAGGCUUUCUCCGUACCUUUCAAAUAGUUCUAUACAGCAAUUGAAGCUAUUAGAUAUGGAAAUUAAGAAGUUGUCGAAUAUUGAAAAAAUAAAUGAAAAAUUAUCAAGAAACCAUAAGAGUAUGAGAAAAUAUACAAAAUCAAGUUCAGAUGAAGAGAAGGAAGAAGAGGAACGUAUAGGUUUAUAUUUCAUGAAAAAUAGAUCAAACUUCUUUUUAAGGACGAUAUGGACAUUUGCUAUGAUUUUUGGGUUUCUUGUGAUUAUUGCAGCUGGACAUAUAUGGAUUAUUGUUUUACUUACUUUUAUUCAAGUAAUAGUUUUCAAAGAGUUAAUUGCUAUUGUCAAUAUUUCGGAUAAAGAAAAAAAACUUCCCUGGUUUCGAACUUUGAAUUGGUAUUUUCUUUGUACAACUUUGUAUUUUGCAUAUGGUGAAAGUCUUAUCUAUUACUUUAAACAUAUUGUUAUUGUGGAUGCAUUUCUAUUUUCCAUUACGACUCAUCAUCGGUUUAUUAGUUUUAUACUUUAUAUUGGGGGCUUCAUAUUUUUUGUUAUGAAUCUCAAAAAAGGGCAUUACAAAUAUCAGUUUACACAGUAUUGUUGGACUCAUAUGAUAUUGUUGUUAAUUGUGGGACAAAGUCAUUUUAUUAUUAAUAAUAUAUUCGAAGGCAUAUUUUGGUUUCUAUUACCUGCUUCCCUUGUUAUAUGUAAUGAUAUUUUUUCAUAUUUAUGUGGAAAGCUUUUUGGCCGAACUCAGCUUAUUAAACUUUCUCCUAAAAAAACUGUUGAAGGAUUUAUUGGAGGAUGGAUUUGUACAGUAAUUCUUGGACUUACUAUGGGAAAUAUUAUUUUACAUUGGAAUUAUAUGAUAUGUCCAUUAAGAGACCUUGGAGCUACAGCGUUAAUUGGGCUAGAUUGUGUUCCAAACCCAACAUUUGCUUUGAAGAAAUUUCCUCUUCCAGAAUUUAUAAUUUCAUAUUUAUCUCUUCCAUAUCAUUCUAUCACUAUAAGGCCAGUCGAGUUUCAUCUUAUGGUGUUUUCUACUUUUGCAUCUCUUAUUGCUCCAUUUGGUGGUUUUUUUGCAUCUGGACUUAAACGCGCAUUUAAAAUCAAAGAUUUCGGGGAUUCUAUACCAGGACAUGGCGGGUUAACUGAUCGUUUUGAUUGUCAAUUUAUAAAUGGAUUUUUCGUUUAUCUUUACUAUCAUAGUUUUAUUGCGGUAACACAUGUUUCUGUAGGAUCAGUUCUUCAAACAGCUAUUACAUCCUUAACAUAUGACGAACAAAUAAAACUUUCUAAUAGUAUAUAUAAAUAUCUUGUUUCUCAAGGAGUUUUAUCAAAUACUAUUCUUGAAUGUCUUAAAAAAUCUUUUCCUCCUUAAAGAUAUGCAUUUUAUUUAUUUAUUAAUAUUCUAU